AUGAGUCUGGGACUGGCAGACAAGGAGAUUGCAAAACAAUAUCAGCAAAUUGUAUCAGGAGGAUCAACAGAAUGGAUGGUCUUGUCCUACGACAAGGGCUCGAACGAUCUCAAAGUUCAGGCGACAGGAGACGGUGGACUGGAGGAGAUGUUUGAAGAGUUCAUGGAAUCAAGGAUGCAGUAUGGCUUCAUCCGCGUCAAGGAUCCCAACACACAACUCCCCAAAUACGUCCAAAUCAAUUGGUGCGGAGAUGGAGUACCAGAAAACAGAAAAGGUCACUUCUACAGUCACUCGACGGCAAUGUCCAAGUACUUGCAGGGCACUCAUGUCGUUAUCAACGCUCGCAACGAGUCCGACCUUGAAAUGAGCGUCAUUAUGAAGAAGGUCAACGAUGCGUCUGGAUCAAAGUAUUCCGUCCAGAACGAAAGGGCAAGACCUUCGGGGCCUAUCACGCCAGUUGGAACAGCCUACACUCCUAUAGGACAACCGGAUAUACAGGCACUUCGCGCUGGCGGUCGAUCUCCUAUCACUCCUCGUUCGGGUGGCCCCUCGUCUGCUGCACCGAGUACCGCAACUACGCCCAGCCGUCCGACUCCGUCCACCUCAUUUCCGCCUGCGGCCCCAGCACUUGCACCAAAAGUCGGGCUCAAGGCUAGUACUCCUGCUUGGGAUGACGAGCCUGUGAAAUCUGCUCCAAGCCCGGUCGCACCUCCACCACCCGUCGUUGUGUCACCUCCGCAACCGGCCCCUAAAGCUGCUGCACCAAAGCUACACGUUACUACAGAGACAAAACCGGAAGAUGAUGUGAUUGGUCCCGUAGGUACCAAUUACGUUCCAGUCAGCCUUCCCAAGCCCAAGAAGCUCGUCAAUCCUUUUGCUGCACGAGAACAAGAAGCCGCUGCCGCUGCAGCCUCUUCGAAACCGAUACCAUCUCCGAGUGGUGGAAAAAAAUUGACAUGGUCAGAACGCCAGGCCAUGGCCAAAAAGCAAGCGGAAGAGGAAGAGGCGCGAAGCAAGGCGGCCGCAGAAGCCAGCAAGUCGAUCACGAGUGCAAGUCGUCCAUCCUACACUCCUAGUAGCUCUGUCUCAAAUGCGGGGAAAGCUGCUGUUGCCGGGUUCGCCGCGACCGGGAUCGGAAUUGGGUUGGCUGGGGCCGCCAUCGCUGCGUCGACUACGAAAAGCGAACCGGAACCUGAGCCAGAGGCCUUUAUCCCUCCCCCUCCUCCACCCCCUCCACCGCCACCGAUGCCAGUUAUGCCAGUCGUGAAAGAGACUCCCAAGGUUGUCGCUCCGCCUGAACCAGAACCGGAACCCGAGGUGGAUGAGGUAGACUAUCCUUCUCAAAUCAUUCAGCAAUCGGAUAUCCCUGGUAAUGAAACGAGCGCAAACGGCAAAGUUGCCAUUGUCUUAUACGAUUACGAGGCUGCAGAGGAUGGAGAGAUGCAUUUAAUUGAGGGAGAGUACAUUGAGCAAAUCGAGGAACUUGAUGAAGGAUGGUGGAAGGGUGUCGCCGUUACGGACAAGAAUAGAGCCGGCCUGUUCCCUGCAAACUAUGUCGAGGUCGUCGAUAGCACCGCCGUUCCUCAUCAGGCCAAACACCAGGAGCCAGAGCCAGAGCCAGAACCAGAGCCAGAGCCAGAGCCAGAGCCAGAGCCAGAAGCCUUUAUCCCUCCACCACCACCACCGCCACCUCCACCGCCGCCAAUGCCGACAGCGGCACCUGUAAAGGUUUCGGUGCCAGAGCCUGUUGCCCCAGAGCCAGCUGCCGAUGAAGGAUCGGUCGCCGUUGCGAUUUACGAUUACGAUGCUGCAGAGGAAAACGAGAUUUCCUUCAAAGAGGGCGAUAGAAUCACGAAUAUUACGGCUCCCUCUGAUGAUUGGUGGGAGGGUACAGCACCAGACGGUCGUAGUGGACUUUUCCCAGCAAAUUAUGUCGAAUUGCAAGAGUAA